AUGAACGAAGGUGGUGUUUACUAUGACCAGGACCUCAAUGGUAAUUUCAUAAGAUCAGAUUCGAGGCAAUCAUUCCUGCCACGCGUCGUUCAAUUGAGAAACCUUAUAAUGCACACCGGAUGUUGUUAUCAAACGGUGUCGUCCAAGCGGCACCCAAACAUCAAGUGCCACGUAAGAACACGUGGCAUGUGA